AUGAAGUCACAUGACAUCUCUCGGUCUCCGAAGCGUUUGUUAUAACUGUGCACUGUGCAGUUGUUCGCGCCCGGUGAAGGAAUGCGAGCCGUUAUUGUUGAGUUCACAUCAAAAGACCGUAAUUAAUAGUUUAGGUCUUUAAUACGCAGAAAGGAAUUAGGAAUGCGUUUCGUGGCCGUUAUUUCGUCUACAAGAGACUGGUAAUUGGUUUUAUGGGAACUGACUGUGGCGCAUUACCGAAGGACACUGCAGUCUGACAUUUGUUCGGAGAUCUGAGCAAUGUCCUCCCAGCCAGAUAAUUUAAUCCUGUCCUCAGGUCACAACUUCAGCAUGGACUACUCCUCCCAGGACAUUCAGCUGAAAAUCAUCAGCCUGGGCUUCAUCUUCUACGCCUUUAUCUUCCUCCUCUCUCACAUCCUGUCUAACCUAGUGUUUUACACCUACCGCUCACUGUCAGCCAAAGAAAAGGUCUUCUGGGAUUUGGCUGUGACAAGGGCUGUGUUUGGCCUCCAGAGCACGGUGGCAGGGCUUCGUGCUCUUAUGGAGGACUCUGCUGUCUACUCUGAUAAGAUUCUCGGGCAGGAGAACUGGUCCUGGUUCAACGUGCUGACCGCUACAGGCUUCUUCCUGUUUGAAAAUGUGGCCCUUCAUGCGUCCAACCUGGCAUUCUGGUCUUUCGACCUGCCAUUGGCCAUGCAUCACUUCUUCGCCCUAGCAGGGUUUGCCGGGGCGGUUGUGUGGAACUGGCUGGGUCAUUUCCUCCCUAUGGUGACUUUGCUGCUAGAGAUGAGUACACCUUUCACCUGCAUCUCCUGGAUGCUUCUUAAGGCGGGCUGGUCUAAGACGCUCUUCUGGAAAGCUAACCAGUGGAUAAUGAUUCACAUGUUCCACUGCCGCAUGGUUGUGUCCUACUACAUGUGGUGGGUGAGUUGGAAUCAUUGGGAGGAGAUGAACACCCACAUCCCACUGGUUCAGAGACUGCUGUUCUUCAUAGGCCUCUUCCUGCUCACCUUCUUCCUCAACCCCAUUUGGACGCAUAAGAAAACCCUGCAGCUUCUUAAUCCUGUGGACUGGAACUUUAACAAAAAAUCUGCAGCAGAGAACGGACCAAACCGAGACCAGGCUCGACACAAGCCCCAUGCCAGCUGAUUAACCCUAAGACCAAAGCCUUAUGGGAAAUAUAGUCUGCAAUACGAAGCAGAGAGAAAAUAUACAAUAUUGUACAGUUGUGUUUUUAGUGAGUAUUAUUUGAAGGCUUAGGUUUAGCACUAACUAGUACUACUUGCUAUAACCCUCAAAGUUAUUCCAAACCUGAAAUAAUGACUGUUUUUGUCAAAUAACUGAAAGUCAGUGGGGUCCAAAACAACAACUCAUGACUUUCAUUAUAUGGACAAAAUGAUUUCUUUUAAAAUACUUCUAU